UUGGGGCUGGGAAUGGGCUCGGGAGCACGAUGGGCACCGGGACCGGCGCAUCUGCCCCCGGCGCGGCCGGCAGGAGCCGUUCCGGGGCGGUCGCUGGGACCGAGGCGGGCGGGGCCGCUCGGGCCGGGGCUCUGCCGGGGCCCGGGGCCGGGAGAACGGCGGCGCUUCCCUCGUCCGUCCUCGUGGGGACGCGCCGGGCCCGCCCCGGGACCCCCCGAACUCGCCGGGCCCCCAGCGCCGCCCGCGCCCCCCCGCGGGGUCAGAGCCCCCCCGGCUCGGGCACCCCCGGCCCCAGCGCAUCCCCCCCGGAGAGAACACCGCCCGCCUGCCCCUUCUCCGCGGCCGCAAUGCCGCGGGCUUCCCGCCCGCAGUGCCCCCGGGAACGGGGGAUCUGGGGCCCGCCGGGGCUCCGGGCACGGGCCCGCUCCGGCCGUGGGGAGCCGGGGCCCGUGCCGGGGCAGGGAAGAACGCUUCCUUUCCUCCUUCCUCCCGUGCUCCGGGACCCCGAGCGGAGCUGCCCGCCUGUCCCCGUGUCCCUGUGUCUGUCCACAGGCAGCCCCAGGAGCUGGCGCUGACCGUGCCGCGGCUCGGGCACAGGCUGGGCCCGCCUCUGCCUUCGCAACGGCCGCAAUUUCCCACAGCGAUUCUUUGGCCUGCGAUCCAGAAGCUGCAGCUCAUCUGACAGCUGCCAGACGGGCAAGGUCCUGCCUGGCCGGGAAAGGGCUCCAGGAGAGGAAACCCACAAAUGCUCCGAGCGGACGCUGCGGCGCGAGUCACAGGAGGUUUUCCCGGCUGGGAGCUGCAAGGAAUUCAGGCCAGUGAAGCCACACCGAGGAACAGCUGUACAUUCAAAGGCACAAAGACAAGAUCUAGCAGCAAAAGGCAGAAAGAAGGGGAAAGGUUUCAGAAAACGUCUCUGCAAUCUAAUUCCUAACUCUUUCCAGUUUCCCAGUGAGAAGAACAGGAACUCACAGCCACUAAGGCCUGACAGUCCCCUGCAGCCAGAGCUCCAUCUCAGCACACUCCCUUGGCGAUGGUGUGCUUUAAUUAACCACCUCAAACCAACACAUGAAAACCAAAUCAAUAUUCUAUUCUUCUUUUUAAUCGAGAGAUAGAUAAAGAUUGCAGAAUACAAAAGAACCUUCUUAGCCCCAAAAACUCUUAAAAGAGACAGACAGGGCACGGCUGCGCUGUGGAUGGGCUUUAAGGUCCCUUGCUACCCAGACCGCUCCCGGAUUGCACAGAAGAGGGCAGAUGCUCAACUUUGAGCUGCUAAGUUUAGGGAGUCAACUAAAGGACCAAAUUUAAGUCCAAGCCUCUAAUACUUUAUGGAAUACUAAAAUCUCUGCAAGUCUGAAAUGAAAGAGUACACCCGCUAAGGCUUGGACCUUCUGCACCGGCUUGUAACAAAGAGCCACCUCUAGAAAGCAAGAAGCACUUAGAAAGUCAAGAAAAGGGCCCAAAUUAGCAAAUUCCCAAAUGCUGGGGCGUCUGAACAUUGCACUGUAAUGAGGUGACCCACUCACCUGACAGGUGACUGCCAGGCUGGGACAGAGCUGUGUCUUCCCGCUACGGAACUCCCCGAGCCACUCUGGUACGGACCCUGUUUCUGUUCCUCCCGAAGGGAAGAGAAUAACAAUAAUAAUUAGCAAUAAAGAUUACAAACAAAACCCACGUACAAAACAUUGCAAAAGACAGAGGCUCAGUAAAACCCUUCCUUGGGCCAAAAGUUUCAAAAUUAAUUGGCAAAACUUGCUGUCAUCCUGAGAUUUGGUCCCGUUGCAGAGAAAAGGUUUGGGUGUGUUUUUGAAGAUGCUGCGGAGCUGAAAUCGUUUGGUUCAUUUUUGGAUCACCAGAUAAAUGGGGAGACGGUGAUCCCUGGUUUUGUGUUCUUGAAAUACAUCCCACGCUAGAAUAAACCAGAAAGGUCCCCAAAUGGA